AGACUUGAAUCAAAUCACGAUAUUUCUGUCUCGAUUUCUUUUGUUAAAAAUAAUUUCUUUUAAUAGCUGUCAAUGUUAAUGGUAAUAGAAGAACAGAUAUCAAGUUCUUAAAGAUAUAAUUGAAAAGAAUUCUUAGCUACUCAAAUACCAUCGCGAAUUGUAAAGUUGGAAUAUUUUGUAUUAAACCUUCAAGUUUGUUAUUAUAUCAUCAAUGCACAUUGCAUUCUGUUAAUGAAAAGAGUAAGAAGAACGUUGUGAAACAAAAGACUGGCUGGUUCAUUAUCAUUCCAAUUUUCUCACAAAGAGAGUUGUCGAUACAUUAUCUCGCGUCUGCUCUAUUAAAAUCAUCGUCAGUGUUAAAUUGUCUUUAUAGAGAGAAGUUUCUGUUUUCUUGAAAUUAUUUAAAUUGAUAUUGAAAACAUGUCUAUGACUGGAAGCUUUCCAAGAAUUUGCGAGGAAACCAUCGAGGAAGAAUGUCCUGAAUGUGAACAAGAUGAAGAUGAUGCCGCUGCAUCAAAAGUUGAUGGCGCUGUUGAGCACGCAUCCGAAGCUCUGUCAAAUGCCGCAGAUACUGCAAAAGAUGUUGCAAAUACAUUUUUAUCAAAUUUCAAUGAAGCUGCUAUAAAUGCUAGUGAAAUGUUCUUUAACGCUCGUGAAAAUGCGGUGAAAAACUUUCCUUUAUAUACAGGAUCAGAUUCCGAAGAGUCUAUUCCCAGUGACUGUGAUACUGAUACAGUUCAUCCAACUUAUGAAGCUGCUACUGAAAAACAAAAACUCAGCCUUAUGUAUACUUAUCCAAAGAUUCAUAAUCAUGUUACGGACUUGUACGAUAUGCGUAGACAAUUUAGAGUUUCUCUUGAAAGAAAAAAAGACAUGAGGAUGAUUCAACAAAGUUUGGAAGGAUGGGAAGAUGAUAUGAUAGCUCAACUAUUGUUUAACAUAUCAACACAAUCUCCUCAAGUAUAUGCGGGUCUUCUUGAACGAGUCAAUCAGAGAGUUCAGUUCACUGUUGAACAUGAGUUGGGUGACGAAUAUCAUUUCAAUCCAUUUAUUCGCAGAGAUUUCUUGGAACACUACAACGAAUGUGGAGAAACUAGGAUGAAAUUUUAUGACCCUAAAAUAUGGCGUGAUCCCAUGGCAUUUUUUCAUUUAUUGCUUCACGAAGUUAAAAGCCACAAAAAAACAAUUCCAAUCAAAAGGAUUAUUGGACUUUGGGAUAAUGUCACCGGUUUAUAUAUGCCACUUCUUGAAAGAUUCUCUGAUAUUCCAAUUUUAGGAUUCUGGCCACGCGUUUUCUUAAAUUGGACUAGCGCCAUGGAGAAACUUCUUAAAAAAUAAAUUCAAUUUUCAACUUUUGUCUCGUUCUAAGUUUCUUUCUCUUUGUUUUCUGUUAAUUUCCAUAUUUUUCGAAAGAUAACCCAAUGGAAAUGCAAUGGGAAAAUUUUCUGUAAUUGUUAUGGUCAACGUCUCACUUUAGUAUCUUAUCAAAUAAACUCUCUGUAUGUAAUUCCAAUUCUUUAUCUAAAUAAAAGGAAACGCAGUUUUAUUGAUAAGAUUAAAAAA